AUGUGGCAAGACGCAAUGAAGAGAAGACGCUAUUUUCUUGACAGGACAGAGGAUGUGGUCAGUAGACAGGAGCAGCAGAAGUCUAGGGACUGGCUCUAUGAGUCCUAUUAUUGCAUGAGCCAGCAGCAUCCUCUCAUCGUCUUUCUCCUACUUAUUGUGAUGGGAGCUUGCCUGGCACUGCUGGCUGUUUUCUUUGCUUCUGGACUGGAAAUUGAAGAUCAUGUUGUAUUUUUAAUAACUGUUCCUACAGCCAUAGCAAUAUUCUUUGCUAUCUUUGUUCUCGUCUGCAUAGAAUCUGUCUUUAAGAAGCUUCUUCGGAUUUUCUCAUUGGUCAUCUGGGUAAUACUUGUUGCCAUGGGUUAUCUUUUCAUGUGUUUUGGAGGCAUUAUAUCUCCUUGGGAUCAGGUAUCAUUUUUCUUGUUCAUUAUUUUCGUGGCGUACACCAUGCUUCCCUUCAACAUGCGAGAUGCGAUCAUUGCCAGCGUCCUCACCUCCACAUCCCACACAGUAGUGCUCAGCGUCUACUUGUCUGCUUCUGCAAUCACAAAGGAGCACUUAGUUUGGCAGAUUCUUGCAAAUGUGAUUAUUUUUAUCUGUGGCAACUUGGCUGGAGCAUACCACAAGCAUCUAAUGGAGAUUGCUCUUCAGCAGACCUAUCAGGAUACCUGCAAUUGUAUUAAAUCUCGUAUUAAACUGGAGUUUGAAAAACGUCAGCAGGAACGUCUUCUUCUUUCUUUACUUCCUGCUCACAUUGCUAUGGAAAUGAAAGCAGAAAUUAUUCAGAGAUUACAAGGGCCACGAGCUGGACAACUGGAAAACACAAAUAACUUUCACAACUUAUAUGUCAAGAGACACAUCAAUGUAAGCAUCUUAUAUGCAGAUAUUGUUGGAUUUACGCGACUAGCAAGUGAUUGCUCUCCUGGAGAAUUAGUACACAUGCUCAAUGAAUUAUUUGGAAAGUUUGAUCAAAUAGCAAAGGAAAAUGAAUGCAUGAGAAUUAAAAUUCUAGGUGAUUGCUACUACUGUGUCUCUGGUCUUCCAAUCUCUCUUCCAAAUCAUGCCAAAAACUGUGUGAAAAUGGGUCUGGACAUGUGUGAAGCCAUAAAGAAAGUGAGAGAUGCGACUGGAGUUGAUAUUAACAUGCGUGUUGGUGUACAUUCUGGAAAUGUUCUUUGCGGUGUUAUUGGUUUGCAAAAGUGGCAAUAUGAUGUAUGGUCGCAUGAUGUUACUUUAGCAAAUCAUAUGGAAGCUGGAGGUGUUCCUGGACGAGUUCACAUUACUUCUGUUACUUUGGAAAACCUUAAUGGCUCAUACAAAGUAGAAAAUGGUGAUGGACAUAUACGAGAUCCAUAUUUAAAAGAACAUAAUGUUGUAACCUUCCUUGUCAUAAACCCAAAGGCAGAAAGACGAAGUCCCCAGCACCAUUUUAGACCUCGUCACACAUUAGAUGGAGCAAAGAUGAGAGCUUCGGUUCGCAUGACGAGAUACUUGGAGUCAUGGGGAGCUGCAAAACCAUUUGCUCAUCUGCACCACAGAGACAGCAUGACGACUGAAAAUGGCAAGAUUAGUACCACAGAUGUACCUAUGGGUCAAUAUUACUUUCAACGACGCACUGAAAGAACAAAAUCACAGAAAAAGAGGUUUGAAGAAGAGCUAAAUGAAAGAAUGAUUCAAGCAAUUGAUGGCAUAAAUGCACAAAAGCAGUGGCUGAAAUCGGAGGACAUACAAAGAAUAUCAUUACUUUUUCAUAACAAAAUGCUUGAAAAAGAAUACAGGGCAACUACACUUCCAGCCUUCAAGUACUAUGUGACAUGUGCGUGUCUUAUAUUCUUCUGCAUUUUUAUUGUUCAAAUUCUGGUCUUACCAAAAACGUCCAUACUUGGAAUAUCCUUUGGGGCUGCAUUUCUGUUGCUUUCAUUCAUCCUCUUUAUAUGUUUUGCGGGACAGCUCUUGCAAUGUAGCAAAAAAGCAUCUGCAUCAAUUUUGUGGAUUUUAAAGUCAUCAGGAAUUAUUCUAAACCGGCCCUGGCCUCGAAUUACACUCACUGUGACAACCACCACAAUUAUUUUGACUAUGGCUGUGUUUAACAUGUUUUUCUUGGAUGAUAAUGUAAUUUCUGCCAUUCCAACUGCCAACGGGUCAAACACAAGUUCAUCAGAGGGAAAACAAUGGCUUGUACAAAACAACUUUUUUUUCCUACCAGUCACUCAGGGCAGCCAGCAUUUACUGCAAGCUGUUGUCAAGCAAUUUACGCAAGUGAGUUUUAAACUCCUCCUUCAGCUUCUUUAUCAAAGAGGGUACCUCAGCAUAGGGCAUUUAAAAGGAUAUAUCAUUAUGGGCAUCAAUAAAGCUAUCAAGUUUGUGGAUCAGGCUCUUGGAGAUGAGGAGGCAAGAGCAUCCUUUUGGGCCUCAAUUAACCUACCGCAGGUGACACAAGACCAAUUAGACGCCUUAAACGCCCCAAUUGACAUGGAGGAGUUGAAUCGCACACUCAACAGUAUGGCCUUGGGUAAGGCGUCUGGACCAGAUGGUCUUCCCAUAGAAUUUUAUCGCAUUUUACAGCAACAAGCUACCAGGGCUCUUUUACCUCUGUAUAAUAACUAUUUUCGAGACGGGUCUGCACCUUCUACCUCCUUCUCGGCUGCGUAUAUCACACCCCGCAUAUUAAUUAACGGUAUCUUUUCACCGGACAUUCAUCUACAACGUGGCACAAGACAGGGUUGUCCGCUUACCCCCCUUCUUUUCGACUUGGCUUUGGAAGCUCUUGCCUCAAAACUACGACAGACCUUUCCGGGUAUCGCGGUACACGGUAAAUCCCAACAAAUAUCGCUCUACGUCGACGACAUGCUUCUGUUUGUUGAGAACCCCUCCAAGCAUAUCCCCAGAAUCUUGCAAGCUAUACAGUGCUUUGGGGCUUUCUCUGGGUACAAGAUCAAUGAAACUAAAUCAGAGAUCUUGUGGUUGAACAAGCACUCGGAUGACUACACUAAAUAUCCUUUCACUGUGGUGGACACUAAACUUACCUACCUAGGGAUUCUUUUAGUCAGGAAUCCACACCGAUUAUAUGACCUAAACAUUGCCAGACAAUGUGCAACCAUCUGUGAUCAACUACAGACCUGGAGAUCGCUGCCACUAUCCCUCAUGGGUCGGGUGAGCCUUCUUAAAAUGGUCACAUUACCACGACUACUUUAUCCUAUGCUCAUGCUUCCUUUUCCAGUGAGAGGAUUUCUUAGGCGAGGAAGUAAACCUUGCAUUGCCACUUCCUUUUUACAUCAGCCAUAUAGGGAAGGUGGCUUAGGCCUCCCAGACUUUAAACUCUAUAACUGGGCUGCGCUGAUUAGAAUUGUACUAGACUGGCAGCUGGAUACCUCACACUUUGGGGAUGUGGAGCUGGAGAGUGCGGGUCCCUUGGUUGCAUGGCAUAGGGCUCACAGAAUGAUGGGCUUGGCUCAUCCCUCCUCUAGACUAUUACCCUUGGUUGGAAACCUUGACUUCCCGGCGGGCUCAGAAACCUUGCCCUUCAUACAGUGGAGGGAGAAGGGUAUUAAAGUGGUAGGGGAUCUCCUGGACCCUCUUACGCGCACAACUAAAACAUUCCAGAGCCUCAGUGCUAAAUUCUCCCUUCUGAACAAUCAAUUUUAUGCAUACUUACAGGCACGCCACUAUAUAGACACACUUAGACGAAAUGACCCUAAUUUUUGGAGUACACCUCCUUUUGCCAUCACUCAAACAGCCUUCCUGGCUGGGAUCUUCUUCUUGAUCUAUAGGAUCCUUUUACACAGGUCAAAUUCUAAGACGCAGUCACAAUUACUGGACAAAUGGUCACGGAGGGGGGUGGAUGAUAUACCUUACACAACACUACAAAAGAGCCUAGAACUCGCCAAGAAAGCGACUCUAAGCAUGACACUCUGUGAAGCACAGACACGAAUGAUACACUUUGACUAUAUAACACCCAAAAGACUAUCUAAAUUGAACCCUCAGCAACCAAAUAAAUGUGGGAAGUGUGGGGCGGGGGCCCCGGAUGUUCCUCACUAUUUCUUCAGUUGUCCAUUAAUCAGGCAGUUUUGGUUCAGAAUGCAGUUUUGGCUUGAGAGGGCAUUGGGAGCCACCGUCUCACUCAAUAUUAAGCAGAUUUGUCUCUUUGAAUGGGAGGGUCAGCCGAGAAGACUUCACAAAUUAUUAACUUUAUUUAUGCUUGUGGCUAGAAACUGCAUUUUACGUCUCUGGACUAGUAACAGAAUACCGACCAUUUCGCAGUUCAAGAGGGGGGUGUACAGACUGUUAUUUACUGAAAAAUUUGAUGUUAAACUAGAUGUUGAGCGCAGACUACAACCAUUUCUAAAUAAAUGGGAACCCUUCUUAAUUAAACAAGACCGAGCAAUACUAAAACAAGUUCUAGGCCCCUUCGCUCAGACAGAAUUUCUACUAACCGCAUCGCUGAGAGGCGACUGGCUGAGACUAUAUGAGACUGAAGUGGAUGGGGGGGAUAGAGAAGGCUGUGAGAUACUACUGACGCAGUUAUUGUACUUUAUAUACAGCUGUAUCCUGGGAUUUAUCUCCUGUUCUGUCUUCUUGAGGAUAAAUUAUGAGUUGAAACUAAUAAUAAUGCUUAUUGCACUGGUGGUCUACAAUAUUAUCCUUCUACAAACACAUUCGUCCAUGCUUGAUGCUUACAGCACAUACCUCUACGCAACAAUACCACUUGAAAGGCCAGGGGUUUUGAAAGACCUGAAGACAAUGGGUUCUGUAUCCCUGUUUAUAUUUUUUGUUACACUGCUUGUUCUAGGGAGACAGAAUGAAUAUUACUGUAGGUUAGACUUCUUGUGGAAGAACAAAUUCAAAAAAGAACGGGAAGAAAUUGAGACAAUGGAGAACCUAAAUCGGGUGUUAUUAGAAAAUGUGCUCCCUGCUCAUGUGGCUGAACACUUUCUAGCAAGAAACUUGAAAAAUGAGGAUUUAUACCACCAGUCUUAUGACUGUGUUUGUGUAAUGUUUGCAUCUAUUCCCGACUUUAAAGAAUUCUAUACAGAAUCAGAUGUCAAUAAAGAAGGUUUGGAAUGUCUCAGAUUACUAAAUGAGAUCAUUGCAGACUUUGAUGAUUUAUUAUCAAAACCAAAAUUCAGUGGUGUUGAAAAGAUCAAGACUAUUGGAAGCACUUACAUGGCAGCAACAGGACUCAGUGCCACUCCAAAUCAAGAAUACAGCCAGGAAACAGAUAGACAAUACAUGCACAUAGGAACAAUGGUAGAGUUUGCAUUUGCACUUGUUGCAAAGUUGGACGUAAUCAACAAACAUUCCUUCAAUGACUUCAUGCUUCGAGUGGGUAUUAACCACGGCCCAGUUAUAGCUGGUGUUAUUGGAGCUCAAAAACCGCAAUAUGACAUUUGGGGUAACACUGUGAACGUUGCUAGCAGAAUGGAUAGCACAGGAGUCCUGGGUAAAAUUCAGGUAACAGAAGAAACUCGCAAUGUCUUACAAGCUCUAGGAUAUAUUUGCACUUGUCGUGGGAUAAUCAAUGUAAAAGGAAAAGGAGAACUUAAAACAUAUUUUGUACACACUGAGAUGACAAGGUCUUUAUCACAAGGAAAUGUGACGUCCUGAAAUUUUAUGAGUAUUCGAAAAACAAUAAUUCUAUUCAGCAUCCACUACAGUAGUCUGACAUUAACAGUAUUUGUUUAUCAGUUAACUGCACUAUCACAUGAACCAUAUGGAUGUGUUCAUCAGUUAUUUUUUAUAA